AUGGUUUCACGUCAAGGAAUGGGCUUCGGAAAUGGAAGGGGGAAUGGGAUGGGUCAUGUAAUGGGUAAUGGAAGAGGACAUGGGAUGGGAAAUGGGGGAGGACACAUGAUGGGACAUGGAAUGGGCCCAGGCAUGGGAGGUGGAAUGGGAAAUGGGGGACACAUGAUGGGACAUGGAAUGGGACAUGGGGGAGGACGCAUGAUGGGGCAUGGAAUGGGUCAUAGGAGAGGGCAUAUGAUGGGGCGUGGAAUGGGACAUGGGGGAGGACACAUGAUGGGGCGUGGUAUGGGAAACGGGAUGGGCGCGGGGGUGACGCCUUCAAACCCUGAGGGCGCGGAAAUGAGCCCUUUACAAGUAACCACCCAGACGGAGGAGGCUAGCGUGACAGGGUCCGAGAUGGACUACCCCGACAUGGAGAGGAUGGUGAACCCCAACCAAAAUGGCUACGACAUGGGCGGCUAUGACAUGGGCGACCCAUACAUGGGCGGAUACUACGCUCAUCCGAGUCAGGUUAGACCCGUGUAUAGACCACAAUAUGGUCGGAGGCGAGGGCACCACGGUAUGGGAAAUAAUGGGAUGGGCGGAGGUCAGCCGAGAUACAGACCUAGAGUACGAAACAUGGGCUACGGUAGAGGCCGCAACGGGGAUUAUUAUUCUAACAAUAAGUAA